UUCCUCCGCUGCCGAAGAAAGGUGUUUUGAUAUCUCGAAAAGAGUUUCAAAUGAAAACAACGUCGAAAACAUGAAGUAAAUCAAUAAAAAAUCAUCAUGGGAGGCUGUAUGGGUACAGCCAGGGAGCCCAGCGUUAAUGUAGGCUCUGGAGAUCCUUUGAGUACGUCAACAGGAGUUGCCAUUGGGCGAAAUCAACCAUUAAACCGCGAGAAACAAGAAUGGAGUACAGAGGUACCUAUGACAGAGGGACAACUCCGUAGCAAGAGAGAUGAAUUUUGGGAGACAGCUCCGGCGUUUGAGGGGAGAAAAGAAAUAUGGGACGCUUUAAAAGCUGCAACUGAACAGGACGAUGUUAGCAUGGCGCAAGCAAUUGUUGAUAGUGCUAAUAUAACUCUUCCAACAGGUUCAUUAACAGAAGCAUAUGAUGAAUUAGGUAACAACUACAAAGUACCAUUAUACUGUAUAAACAAACCAUCAAACUUGCUAAAAAAUGAUGAUAUUUGUGAAAUGGCAACAAAUGAUAACGAAGAAGAGAAAGAUGUACCAACUGGUGAAGCAUAUCCUGUGAAAUUUAGACUGUCAACUGGCAAGGAAAUGAAACUUCAAAUUUAUCCUUCUGAUACAAUUCAUAAACUUAAGAAAAUGAUAAACAAGCGUGAAGGAGUUGCAAUGUCCAGACAGAGAUGGUUUUAUAGUGGGCGACUACUAACAGAUCAAAUGACUGUUCAGGAUGCAGAUAUUAAGAAGGGUUAUGUAGUGCAAAUCAUUGUUUCUGAAGAGAACAAAAGCUAAUUGCUAAUAUUUGACUAAUAGAUUGAAAUAGUAUUGUUGUAAGCCAACCUGAAGCACAUCUCAUCAAUGCUAAAAAGUUUUA